AUGAACUCUGCCACAGAUGGAGAGGCUCAGGCCCUCUACCGUGAUAGCUCCAAGUCAAUCGAUGACCGAGUCGCAGAUCUGCUGAGCCGCAUGACUCUAGCCGAAAAGGCCGGCCAACUAUUCCACAACAUGCUGUUGUCCGGCCCCGAGGGCACCCUUGCGCCAGCAACGCCUGCUUUCGGACUGGAAGGCACCGAGCAGCUUUUAUCCGAAAAAUUCAUGAGCCAUUUCAAUCUCCUGGGCCAAAUCCAUAAUCCAGCGAAUACCGCCAAAUGGCAAAAUGCCCUCCAAGAACAUGCCAUCAAGCACACCCGCUUAGGAAUCCCCAUCACCAUCUCCACAGAUCCGCGCAACCAUUUUACCCACAACAUCGGCACUGCGUUCAACGCCGGCUCCAUGAGCUUAUGGCCCGAGACGCUCGGCUUUGCAGCCCUCCGUGACGUGGGUCUCGUUGAGCGAUUUGCCGAUAUCGCCAGACAAGAAUACGUUGCCAUGGGCUUGCGCGUCUCGCUCCACCCGCAGGUCGAUCUGGCAACGGAGUACCGCUGGGCGCGUAUCGCUAACACCUUUGGUGAAGAUGCGGAUUUGUCAGGCGAAAUGGUCCAGGCUUAUAUUCGCGGUUUCCAGGGGGGCAAGGAUAUUGGUUCGGGUAGUGUCUCUACUAUGACGAAGCAUUUCCCCGGCGGGGGGCCGCAGAUGAAUGGAGAGGAUCCUCAUUUUGCCUAUGGGCGCGAACAAGUUUACCCCGGAGAUAAUAUCGAGUAUCACCUCAAGCCCUUCCGGAAGGCUAUCGAGGCCGGCACACGCUUUAUGAUGCCUUAUUACGGCAUGCCGGUAGGCACUGAGUGGGAGGAAGUGGGGUUUGCGUUCAACAAAGCUGUUAUAUCGGGUCUCUUGCGGGAGAAGCUUGGCUUUGACGGUAUCAUCUGUACGGACUGGGGUCUUAUCACAGACGCUAAGAUUCUUGGUCAGGAUAUGCCGGCCCGAGCUUGGGGCUGUGAGGGGUUGACUGAGCUUGAGCGGGCGAAGAAGAUUCUCGAUGCGGGCUGCGAUCAAUUUGGUGGAGAGUCGCGCACCGAUUUAAUAAUUCAACUGGUCGAGGAAAAUCUGAUUUCCGAAUCUCGCAUUGAUCAGUCGGUCGCUCGCAUUUUGCGCGAGAAAUUCCUACUCGGUCUUUUCGAGAAUCCGUUCGUUGAUGUUGAGCGGGCUGGGGAAAUUGUUGGACAGCCUGGAUGGAAGAAAGAAGGAGAGUCGGCCCAAAGACGUGCCUUUACACUCCUUCAAAAUUCAGGAGGCAUUCUUCCCCUGAGGAAGGAAUACAAGAAGGUUUAUGUGGAAGGUAUCAGCGAGGAAGCUUUCAAGGAGCGGGGGCUUGAAUCGGUUCCCCUGGAGGAAGCCGAGGUUGCUUUCUUGCGUCUACAGUGCCCUUACGAGCCUCGUCCUGGUGGAUUCGAGGCGCAUUUCCAUGCCGGAUCAUUGGCUUUCUCUGAGGAAGAACAAGCUCGACUGGCGAAGAUAUUUUCCCAGGUCCCUGUAUCUAUUGUUGAUGUCUAUCUCGAUCGCCCAGCGGUAAUUCCCGAGAUCGCAGACCAAGCAACUGCCUUGCUGGUAAGCUAUGGUAGCAGUGAGAGUGCUUUCCUCGAUGUCAUCUUUGGAGACGCUCAUCCGGAAGGCAAGCUUCCGUUUGAUCUUCCUAGCAGCAUGGAGGCAGUUGAGAAAAGCAAGGAAGACCUUCCUUUUGACACAGAACGCCCUCUUUUCAAGUUUGGUCAUGGCUUGAGAUAUUAA